UAAAAUAAUCAGAAAAAAAAAACCCUGAAGCUCACAGUAACUCAACACUCAUCUUCAACCAUAGGUUCCAUCUUGACAAAACUUCUUUCUUCUCCCGGUGACAAUGGGUAGCAAGAUGUUGUUCAGUUUGACAAGCCCCCGUCUUUUCUCCGCCGUGUCUCGGAAACCCACCGCUUCUCUCUCUUCUCCAUCUCCGAGGACUCAGUGGGCUCAGCUCAGCCCUGGAAGGUCGAUCUCCUUGAGAAAAAGGUUCUUCUUGUUGCCAGCAAAGGCCACCACAGAGCAAUCAGGUCAAGGUGGAGGAGAAGACGUUGAUAGCAAUAUCAUGCCGUACUGCAGCAUCAACAAGGCUGAAAAGAAAUCAAUUGGUGAAAUGGAACAAGAGUUUCUCCAAGCCUUGCAAUCUUUCUAUUAUGAUGGCAAGGCGACUAUGUCGAAUGAGGAGUUUGAUAACCUUAAAGAGGAGUUGAUGUGGGAAGGAAGCAGUGUUGUGAUGCUAAGUUCUGAUGAACAGAGGUUCUUGGAAGCUUCAAUGGCUUAUGUUUCUGGUAAUCCAAUCCUUAAUGAUGAAGAGUUUGAUAAGCUCAAACUCAAACUAAAGAUCGAUGGUAGUGAGAUUGUGUGUGAGGGUCCAAGAUGCAGUCUCCGUAGUAAGAAGGUGUAUAGUGAUCUUGCCGUAGAUUACUUCAAAAUGCUCUUGCUAAAUGUUCCAGCAACCGUUGUUGCUCUCGGACUGUUUUUCUUCCUGGACGACAUUACAGGUUUUGAGAUCACAUACAUCUUGGAGCUUUCAGAACCAUACAGUUUCAUAUUCACUUGGUUCGCUGCCGUUCCUUUGAUUGUAUAUCUGGCUCUAACCAUCACCAAACUGAUCAUCAAAGACUUCUUGAUCUUGAAGGGUCCUUGUCCGAAUUGUGGAACGGAGAAUACCUCCUUCUUUGGAACAAUUCUGUCGAUCUCAAGCGGUGGCAAAACCAACACUGUAAAAUGUACCAACUGUGGAACCGCGAUGGAGUAUGACUCGGGUUCUCGGUUGAUCACAUUGCCAGAAGGAAGCCAAGCUUGAACUCUGUGAGAUGGAAAAAGGAAGAAUGGGUUUUGUCAGAGGCAAAAUAUAGAUUUGAUGCUGUAUACUUAAAGAUCUUGCAUGUUCUUUCACAUGUUUUCUGAUAUGUAAGUAUUGUGUAAGCAAUAAGGGAAAUAUUUUAUGAAUAUAUUCACCUACCUUUCAUAGGUAAUAUGAUAGUUAAGUAAAACUGCUAUAACCCAUAACAAAA